UUGUUGUGUAUUUUUCGAUGUAAAGCUUUCGUGACUGCAGGGAUUCAUCUUCUUGGUUCUUUCGGUAAAGUCACGUAGAAGGGAAGUAAUAAAAUAAUAAAAUAAAACAUAAUAAAAUAAAAUUAUUUUAUUUUGUAAAAUAAUAAAACGUAAUAAAAUAAAAUUAUUUUAUUACGUUUUAUUUUUAUUAUUUUAUUACUUCCCUUCUACGUGACUUUACCGAAGGAACCAAGAAGUUGUUGUGUAUUGUUGGUGGGGGGCCCGGACGUCAGGGGCUUCACACUAAAGGCCACACAGGGUCGAUCAGUGCCUCUUCUUCCUCCUCCUUCGACCGCUGCGAAGAAGAAACAACGUGGACUUCGAGACGUCGUCCCACGGCGGAACAAGAUCACGGUCGCUCACAACGCAACGCCAUCGUCAAGUUGAGCGUCGCAACAAUCGAAGCGCGUCGUUGACUGCUGCUGCUGUUGCUGCCUUCCAUAGCCGUCGCUGGUUGGGUCAAGAAGAGGCAUCUGCGAGUAGAGACGACGCCUCCACCACCAACAACAACCAACACCACCAACCACCACCACCAACAACAACAACCACCACCACGAAAAAAAAACCCACCCGCGCAGCAAACGAGCGGGGAAUUGCAUCUUAAAAAACACGAACGCCGACCACACUUGAGUUUUUUUCAGGUGGGGAGAAUUCGUCCGCCAUGCCCCCGUCGCCGCCUGCGUCGUCCCAAGGGACAUCGGGACCUGCGGCUCUGCACUUGACCGUCAAUGGGAAGGACUACACAGUGGAAAACCCGGACCCGCGCACUACGCUGAGCGAGUUCCUGCGCGGAACGCUGCGUUUGAGCGGCACCAAGGUGAUGUGCCAUGAAGGAGGCUGCGGCUGCUGCGUCGUCACCGUGCAGUACGCGGAUCCCCUGCAGCCUGACAAAGUGCUCACCGAGUCCAUCAAUUCCUGCCUGGCGCCACUGUGCUCCCUGGACGGGCAUCACGUGAUCACUGUGGAGGGCGUUGGGGUGGUGCGUGGUGCGCGCGGCCUUCACCCCGUGCAGCAGAGGCUGGUGGAACACCAUGGGAUUCAGUGUGGCUACUGCAGCCCCGGCUUCGUCAUGCAGAUGUACAGUCUGCUCGCCAGCAAUCCGACCCCCAGUCAGCAGGAGGUGGAGGACGUGUUUGAUGGGAACAUUUGUCGCUGCACAGGUUAUCGCCCGAUCCUGGAUGCGAUGAAGUCAUUUGCGAAAGAUGGGAAAUCCCCAUUGAGCCCGUCUUGCCUUGACAUCGAGGACCUCAAGUUCUGCCCCAAGAAUGGGCGGCCGUGCAGAGGCAACCACUCGUGCUCCUCGGGCGAAGCGACGGCCGCCGCCGCCGCCGCUGGCCCCGCUCAUCUCUUUGCGGCUACCGACGUCAAGUGGUUCCGCCCCGUCUCGCUCACAGAGCUGCUUGUCGCCGUGGAGCGGCUGAGCGAGCAAAGCGUGAAGCUGGUGCGAGGAGACACGAGCAAGGGCGUCUACAAGACGGACGGACCCUUCCAGGCGUACGUCGAUGUGAAGGGUGUGGCCGAGCUGUUCGCCGUGUCUCUCGAAGCCACGGGCCUGAGGGUGGGCUCAUCCGUGAGCCUCAACAAGCUGAUUGGCUCCCUGAGGGAGCAUGCCGACCAAUCGGAGUCCUUCGCAGCCGCCGCCGACCACCUGAGCAAAGUGGCCAAUCAGUCUGUGCGAAACGCCGGCGGCUGGGCCGGCAACUUGAUGAUGAAGCACGCUCACCGCGACUUCGUCUCGGACGUCUUCGUCGUCCUGGAAGCGGCGGGCGCCAAAAUCCGCAUCAGCGACGUGUCCGGCGAGGUCUACCUGGACCUCGUGCAGUUCCUCAGCAAGGACAUGAAGGGCAAGGUCAUUGUCAGCAUGGAAAUUCCAAAGCUCACCCCGGGAGAAGUUUUCAAGUCGUUUAAAGUUAUGAUGAGAGCACAGAACGCGCACGCGUACGUGAGCGCGGGAUUCCGCGCGAAGAUCGACGCCGGCGACGGGGGAGAGCGCGUGGUGACGGCGGCGUCCCUCGUGUACGGCGGCGUCGCUCCGGGGUUCGUGCACGCAGAGCGGGCCGAGCGCUUCCUCCUCGGCAAGGACGUGACCUCGGCGGCCACGCUGCAAGGUGUCCUGUUGGAGCUGGCGGAUGAGCUGACGCCAAACAGUGAUCCUGUGGCCGCGAGUCCCGAAUACCGCAAGUCCCUGGCGCUGUCUCUCUUCUACAAGUUCUACCUGAGCAUCGCGGGCGACGACGCCGUGUCGCCGAGGAACCGCAGCGCGUGCCACGGGCUGGGACGGGCGGUGUCGAGCGGCGAGCAGACGUACGACACGCAGCCCGCCGACUACCCCCUCACGCAGCCCAUCGCCAAGCUGGAGUCCUCGCUGCAGGCGAGCGGAGAGGCGGAGUUCGUGAACGACAUCCCCGCGAUGGCCGGGGAGCUGUACGCGGUGUUCGCGCAGAGCUCCGUGCCCAGCGCCAAGCUCGUCUCCAUCGACUCCGCAGCCGCCCUCGCCAUCCCCGAGGCCGUAAGGGUGAUAACGGCCGCUGACAUCCCGCCAGGAGGUCGUAAUUCCACAAUGCCUUCACAGUUCCUCCAGGAAGAGAUCUUUUGCUCCAGCCAAGUGCUCUACACGGGCCAGUCUAUCGCGCUGUGUGUGGCCGAGUCCCGCGGGGCGGCCGAGGCGAUGGCGAAGGCCGUGUCGGCGACGUACACGGAGCAGCGCGCUCCGGUGCUCACCGUGGACGACGCCAUCGCCGCCGGCUCGCUGUGGCCGAGCCCUGCUGACGAUCUGGUGGUGGGCGACGCCGAGGCGGCGCUCGCCAAGUCGGCCCGAGUGAUCGAGGGGGACAUCCGCGCCGGCGACCAGUACCACUUCUACAUGGAGACGCAGGUGUGCCGCUGCGUCCCCACAGACGUGGGGCUCGAGGUGCAGGCGUCGCACCAGUGGCUCGACCUGGCCCAGCAGGGCAUCGCUGAGGCCGUGGGCCUCCGCGCCAAAGACGUGACGGUGACCGCCAAGCGACUGGGAGGCGGCUACGGAGGGAAGGCGCUUGGCGCUAACGCGGUCGCCUGCGCUACGGCGGUGGCCGCCUUCCUGUUGAACCGGCCGGUGCGCUGCUCGUUGAGUCUCCACAACGACAUGGAGAUGCUCGGGAAACGGCACCGUUACAUCGUCAAGUACAAGGUGGGAUUCACCGAGGAGGGCCUCCUCAACGGAGUGCUCAUCACCUACUACUGCGACAACGGCUGCGCCAACAACGACAACGAAGUGGGCCAGUGCUUCUGCUUCUCCGACAACGUGUACAAGUGUGCCAACUGGCAUCUCAUCCCGGUGGCACUGAAAACCAACACUCCAAGCCAUCAGUGGUGUCGCUCCCCAGGCUCGAUAACGAACAUCUUCGUGAUGGAGACCAUCAUGGAGCAGAUUGGGCAGGAGCUGGGAAAGGACCCGGUGGAGGUGCGGAGGCUCAACCUGUACAGCAAGGGCGAUGUCACCCCACUGGGAUACCUGCUGCCCUACUGCAGCAUCCACCAGCUCUACGCUGAUCUACUGACGACGGCAGCUGUGAGAGAGCGGCAGGCAGACAUCGCCAAGUUCAACGCUGACAACCGCUGGAAGAAACGGGGCUUGGCCGUGGUGCCAAUAAAGUACAACCUCUCCUGGAAUUGGUGCCACUUCUUGUGCACGGUGGCGAUUUACGCGCAAGAUGGGACAAUCACCAUCACGCACGGAGGGAUUGAGAUGGGACAAGGGAUCAACACAAAGGUGGCCCAGGUGUGCGCAUUUGAGCUCGGCGUCCCGGUCGACAUCGUCUCCGUGAAGCCUACGACCACCCUGUGCAGCCCCAACGCCCAGGCGACCGGGGGCAGCGUCAGCAGCGAGAUCAACUGCAUGGGCAUACAGAAGUGCUGCGAGAUGCUGAAGGAUCGCAUGAAGGACGUCAAGGCGUCCUUGCCUCCAGACACUCCGUGGAAGGACCUCGUGUCUGCCUGCUUCAAGAAGACGGUCAACCUCACCGCUCAGUACUGGGUGUGGCCGGACGCGACGUCAACGGAGCCGCGCUACAACUCGUACGGCGUGACGGCCACGGAGGCCGAACUGGACGUGCUCACGGGCGAGCAUGUGCUCCGGCGUGUCGACAUCCUCUUCGACUGCGGCCAGAGCAUGAACCCGGCGAUUGACGUCGGGCAGGUGGAGGGCGCCUUCACCAUGGGCCUGGGCUACUGGCUCACGGAGCGCCUGGUCUACCACCCCACCAGCGGGCAGCUGCUCACCAACGGCACGUGGGAGUACAAACCUCCCAGCAGCAAGGACAUCCCGGUGGACUUCCGCGUGCACCUGCUGAAGGACGCCCCCAACCCGGCGGGGGUGCUGCGCUCCAAGGCGUCGGGGGAGCCGCCGCAGUGCAUGUCGUGCAGCGCGCUGCUCGCCGUGAAGCACGCGGCGCUGGCGGCCCGCGCCGAGAUCGCGCGCAACGACUACUUCCCCCUGCAUGGCCCAGCCACGGUUGAUGAGGUGCAACAGUGCUGUCUGGUGGACCCCAAACAGUUCACUCUGUGAGCGCCUCAAUUCCUGACCCUCCACGUGGCUUUUUCAGCAUUUCGUCUCCUGACCUCAAUGAACUCCACCACCAGGAAUGAAACGCACACUCAACGAUCGGCAUUUAUCAACCUUGAACGACCGAACCCCAACACUCCACUACUC